CACUGUAUAUACAUGAAUCCUUUGAAUUGAUCUCAAGCGGCUACUCAUCAAUUUGCGAGCCGGAAAUAUCUAGGCCAGUCAGUCGGGCCUAUACGAACGAAUAACAUUCUCUGGGGCGUUGUCGGUGCACGAAGCAGCUAGAUCAACAACAUUAAGGCAAAACCGGUGAAUCAGGAUGACGGAGUUUGUAUUAUGCGAGAACAACGAUGAUAUGCCGCGGCAUCCGCACAAGGCCGUACGAGCCCCAGAUGAGUUCAAGUCCAUUGUCUGCCACUGGCCGGAAAAGGAGGAAGGCACGUGGGGCAGGGCCAGCGUGGAUGAGUAUUGCAGUGGUCUCCAGGCGUGGUUCCCUUGGGGCGGUCAGGAGUACGACUCCCAGAACUUUGACAACUUCCAGGUCUUGGUAAAGCAUGGCCACUAUCGUUAUUCUUGGAUCAGGGUGGAGCGUGUCCGAGAAAACCCCGAGAAAUUUAGACCACUAGAAUUGAAUGGAUACUCCCCAGCUGUGAUCAGUGGACGACUAGGGAAGAUCAAAAUCGACUCUUUGCGGGGAUGGUCCUCAUGGGGUGGGGACGAGAUUGAACAUGAUGAAAAUGAGGUUGAGAAUGCGAUCGUCCUGUGCGUAAGGGAGAAGAAUUUCACUGAUGCCCCUGCACAUUUCAAAAAUGUGUCGCAUGGAGACGAGCUGCCACACCAUGCCCUCCAGUCCGAGGAUAGAGAAGGUUCCUAUGUCUGCAUGUGGAAUGAUGAAGAGGAGGGGACAUUUGGCCGGAUCAGGCUCAACGACGAUGACCAGAUUGAGGCAUGGUUCCCAUAUGGAGGACAGGAGUAUGCUUCACAGGACAUAGGGUGCUUCCAGGUGCUGUGUAAAGACCAUGACUACAAGUACAAGUGGAAGGAUGUCAGCAAGGUCCUGAAGCGUCCCGAAAAGUAUGAGGUAUUGCGAGUGAAUGGAUACUCACCCGGGAUCGUCGAUGGCCUACUUGGGAAGAUCAAUCUGGAAAACGAGGGAGCCUGGCACAGCUGGGACAGCGAGGAGAGAUACUUCGGUGGCGAUGACUUUGAGAAUGCCGAGAUCCUUUGUUAUAAAGAGAAGGAGGACGAUUAGACUUUACAGGACGUCCCAAAAUAUCCUGCUGCCUCCUGCACAAGAUAAUUUUGACAUUCCUGUUUUCUCCGGAUAUAGGAUACCUCCUGAAUUUCAUAGCGAGCGAAGGGGCAAGGGGGCUUGGAUCACUUUAACCUUACUUUUAGUGUGUAAAAGAAUAUACAAUAACCUAAUAAUGCAUCCCAAAUAUGUAACCGGGGAUCAAUCGAUUUGCCUUUUAGAGUAUUUUAAGUUUCAGGAUAUGUAACUAAGGAAUUGGCAAUCCCUCGACUGGGUCUCUACUGAGGCAACUGGUACUAAUUUGUGCUGGACCGUGAUGCCUCCAGGAGUAGUGAAUCAAGGCCUAACUGCUCAAUUGGUAUUUGUAGUAACGUUAUUGCUAAAAGUUCUCGGGCUACUAGUGUAAAUAGAAUUUACUAAAGGAGUUAAUGCUAACGUGAGCUAACGCCAUCCUUGGAUUCAGGGUUUUUUUCCACUUCUACGUCACAUAUAACAACCCCGGCAGAUAGCAAUAAAAUUCUCUGCGAACAGCUGCUGUUCCAAUUACUUUACACUCCUGUACACGUGUUGCAUAAUACAAUAAGACAGAUCUUAAAAAUGUCCAAUAAAGUUUUAACAAUUAAAAACCUA